UCAGAGUUUGAAUUAUUCCUAUUAUUUAUUAGCUGUUUUAUAAAGGUAAAGAGUAAAAAACAAAAAAAAAACCACAAUGUCUGAUGAAGUUUUUAGCACAACUUUGGCUUAUACAAAGAGUCCAAAAGUCACUAAAAGGACUACUUUCCAGGAUGAGCUAAUAAAAGCAAUUACAGCUCGCUCAGCCAGGCAAAGGAGUUCCGAAUACUCAGAUGACUUUGACAGUGAUGAGAUUGUUUCCUUAGGUGAUUUUUCUGACACCUCAGUAGAUGAAAAUUCAGAGAAGAAAAAAAUGAAUGAUUUCCAUUUAUCAGAUGAUGAAGAAAAGAAUUCUCCAAAACUGUCUUUUUUGAAAACCAAGAAAUCAAACAGUGACAUAAUGAAAGAUGAGUCAGUAUUCUCCACCAAAAAUGAUGAGGAAAUGGCACCUGAUGGUUGUGGAGACAUGGUUGGAACUCCCUUAUCUGAAUCUCAAAAUAAAGACCAGGAAAUGGAAAAAGACAAAAUUAAAAUGAAACCUAAACCCAGAAUUCUUCCAGUCAAAAGCACAUCUUCAGAAAGCAGCAGUGGCCUCCAAGCAAACAACCCCUUUAAGCCUUCACCUCGGCCCCGGGGCAUGUUGAAGAAACACAGCCCUGGGGACGUGAAAGAUGGGCUAGGAGAAGAUAAGACAACUGCCCUCCAUGAACAAUUGGAGGCACACUCUGCACCGCCCCCCCUUCCAAAGCUAAGUGACAGUCAACUAGAAGCUGAGAAAAAAUCAUUCUCCGGAAACCUGGAUCCUGAGGAUCCAUGUCUGACAAGUUUAUCAUCAUCAUCCCUUAAAGAAAGUCUUGGAGAUUCCUUUUCACCAGGAUCUGGGGGUAAAGCAUCCAUAAAAGAUCAGAAUGAAGAACUCCCUGAAAACCACACGAAAUCAAAUGAAAAUGAAGAGAAUUCAUUUUUGAUAGACUUUGUUACUACUCCAAUUGAGAAAUCCCAGGAAAGUCAAGUGAUUACUGAUGACCUUGAAGAAGAGAAGGAGAAAGCUGAACUGAUUAUGAAUGACUUAACGGUUGAUCCACCACUAUUGAAAUCUCAGAGUAUCUUAAUAUCUACUGACACAACUGAAUCUUCAAAGAAAACCAUUGAAGACAGAAAUAUGAAGAAUAAAAAGUCAACAAAUAAUAGAGCAUCCAGUGCAUCUGGCAGGUUAAUGACCUCUGAGUUUUUAAAGAAACCUAGUUCUAUAAGGAGACCUCCAUCGACAACUACCUCUUCUCACUAUUUAGGGACUUUGAAAGUCUUGGACCAAAAGCCUUCACAGAAACAGAAUGUAGAACCUGAAAGAGCAGACAGCAUAAGGGCAGCUGUUUACCAGGAGUGGUUAGAAAAGAAAAAUGUGUAUUUACAUGAAAUGCACAGAAUUAAAAGGAUCGAAAGUGAAAACUUAAGAAUCCAAAAUGAACAGAAAAGAGCUUCUAAGAGAGAAGAAGCAUUAGCAUCUUUUGAGGCCUGGAAGGCUAUGAAAGAAAAGGAAGCAAAGAAAAUAGCUGCCCAAAAAAGGCUUGAGGCAAAAAACAAGAAGAGAACAGAGGAAGAAAAUGCCGUGAGAAAGGGAGAAGCGCUGCAGGCCUUUGAACGAUGGAAGGAGAAAAAGGUGGAAUAUCUUAGAGAGAAAAAUAAGAAGGAGAGAGAAUAUGAAAGAGCAAAGAAGCAGAAAGAGGAGGAAACGAUUGCUGAGAAAAGGAAAGAUAACCUGACAGCCGUUGAGAAAUGGAAUGAAAAGAAGGAUGCUUUUUUCAAAGAAAAGGAGAAAGAGAAAAUAAAUGAGAAAAGAAGAGAAGAACUAAAAAAAGCAGAGAAAAAAGAUAAAGAUAAGCAAGCCAUUGAUGAAUAUGAAAAAUGGCUGGAAAAGAAAGAAAGGCAGGAAAGAAUUGAACGAAAACAAAAGAAGCGUCAUUCCUUUCUUGAAAAUGAGGCACUUCCUCCCUGGAGCCCUCCAAGCAGAACUGUGUUCUCAAAAGUGUUUUGAUGAUUCUCAUUUUUACAUUAUUUAGUUAUUUAUCAAUUCACCAUGUUAGCCACUAUUUAUUCAAUUAGUUAUAGUUAGAAGAGUCUAUUUUAAUUAAGUGCCAGCCAUUUCCACUGACAAUGGAAAAGAUGCUUUGGAGUUUAAUCAGUGAAAUGACUGAAAGCAUUUUUUUGGACUGUAGAUAAACUGCCUCAAAUGAGAAGGUAAAAAUCAGAUUGCUCUUACCAUUCUAAUGACUCUAUCAUGUCCUCACAGUCCUUACAAUCAGAUGAUCCAUGGUCACUUUCUCUAAGCUGUGCAUGGUAUUUAAGUGUGUUUAUUCCCCAGAAUGAAAAGGAAACCAUCUAGGUACUAUAAUCAUUGAAAUAAUUG